GAAAGAAAAUGAGGGCUUUCUUCGCUUUCUUGUUCACUCUGUAUAACAUGCAUAUGGUGAAAGGAUUUGGAAAUGUUCUGAGUUCUCAGGAUCUUAAGUCAAAUGAUCCUUUAAUGAAAGCUUUUGUUGAAGAGCUAGUGGCAAAUGCUCUUUCUGAACUAAGGACAACAGUUGACAAACAAGCAAAGACAAUAUCUAAGCUUCAAUCAACAGUAAAUCGCCAAGUGACCAAACUUACCAAUCUCCAGUCAGCCGUCCGUCGUCAUGAAGCUAUGGAGAUUGAGUUAUUGCAAAAGCUCAGUCGACAAGAAGCGAGGAUAGCUGUACUUGAAUCAAGCCGUGCGCCACAGGAACACGCCAAUACGUCUGUCAAAUAUACAGCAAACAACGGCAUCCAGCGCAUUCGAAAUGCGCCGGAUAUUCCGGUAGCGUUCACUGCCGUCAAAAUGGCCAGCCAGGCAAACAUUGGCGUCAAUCAGAACAUCUUAUUUGACAACGUCAUCCUGAACGAGGGCAACGGCUACCAUUCACAGCAUGGCAUCUUCAUUGCUCCAAUAAAUGGGUUAUAUUUGAUAACUGCAACUCUCCUUCACAGUCCCAUAAAUCAGUACUUCCACGCUGCGAUAAUGCACCAGGGAAACGAAAUAGCGAGGCUACAUGGUACCAUUAACAUCUAUGACGCGUCCACCCAAACAGUGAUUCUUAGGGUCACUGCUGGUGAAGAAAUAUGGGUACGAUCUGUUGACUAUGUAAAUGAAAACGUCGUCGGAGGUAGAUAUUCUUCCUUCUCAGGCUACUUGCUCAUGCCAACAGAAUAACUCUCUGUUUCUGUAUAUACAUAAAUAAAGGGCGAAAGAAGUU